AUGCCUGGACCAAGGCGGGCAGCCCCUAGUUCGGCCGCUGGGCAGUCAUCGGCGCGCGGGAGGCAAAAAUCUAGACAGGAACUUGCUCCUGAGAUGGAAAUGGAAGUGAUGUCAAUGGAGGAAGAUCCUGGUUUGACUUCACUCUUUACGCCCAUGAUAGACCUUGAUACGAGGAGACCAAGUGCCUUAGAGCUGCAUUUAGCAAGGAUUAGGGGGGCAAUCUCAGACUUUGAGACCAUGUACACAGAAAGUUCCGGGAGUCGGGACUCAUUGCUGGAUGACGUAUCGUCACGUGUGGAUGACAUGACAGGAGAGGCCAAAUAUCAGAUGAAAAGUUUCAUUGAAAAAUAUAAAAAGAUGUCCGCCAAGCUGGAGGAAAGCACAGAGGAGAGAGAUGAAAUACUCAUGUCCCUGGCUGACGAUCUCUCCGAUGUCAAGACAAGCGACGAGUUUGAAACUCCAAUAAGUAUGAUGGACACAAAAUUUGAACUGGACAAACUUAAACGCCUCAACAAUGAAAUCCUGCGAUUAUCCCGAUCCGGGGAAGAUACAAAGCAACUCCAGAAGGAGAAGGAGAGACUCCAGAAAGACGUGAUCAAGAACGUAGUCGGCUUGAAAGAAGCAAACGAACAAAAUAUGCGUAAAAUAGUGCAACAUGACGUGGCACAGGCGCUUAAGUUUGCCUCUGGUGAAAUUGUCGACCUUUUGCGCUCUUAUCGCGAGGAGGGGGCAACAAUGGGUUCGUCUUCCUUGGAGCAAAGAAUGCAGGAGAUACUGCAGAUGAUGGAGACGCAGGCGGAGACUGUCGCCCUAAUGGAAAUUCAGUUACUAGAGAAAUCUGAGAUGGUAAACAGGUACAGUGAUGAAAAUCAAGAGUUGUUGUUGAAGAACAUGGAUCUCAAAGCUGAGAAGAAGAAAAUCAAGGAAAAUCUUCUUACUCUGACGAAGAGAAUGCAGGACUAUGAACCAGGUGGACAUCACAUUACAGUUGAUCUUGGCAAGGAUGAGGAAGACGAGGAUGAGGAGGAUAAAGAGGAAAGCAGACGAACACACGGUGCAUCUGUGGGCGGUGGAGCAAGUGCUUUGCCACCAAGGUCUGCAAUCUCAAAGGGCAUGACCACCGAAGAUCCUGUCAUCUUGAAAGCACAGUUGAGGGAACGCACCAACAGAGUAGAAAUCCUAUCACAGGAAAAUCAAGAAUUCAAGGAAAAACUUGAAGAGUUGGAGCAGGCAUUACUUGACAAGGAGUGUGAAGUGGAUGCCUUAGAGGUAGAUAAAGCCAAUCUAAUGAAACAGAUGAAGAAAGCUAACUUCAGGCCAGACUGGGAGAGCCUCUGGCAGUGCUAUAAAACUUGUCCAGAGAGAGGGAUCCAAGACUCAUAG